AUGGGUCGGCUCGACCGGAGUGAUACCACGGCCUCACAGAAAACCGGCGCCUGCCCUCUGAUGGGUCGGAAUGUCAUCAACGUACAUAUCAUUCCAAGCACGCACGCUGAACUUGGUGUAUCGAAGACAUUCUACCAACAUUAUACUGGAUAUGACGAGAUUUACGGACAUAGUAAGGUUAAUAUGAAGAAUAUUCUGGAUGCUGUCAUCACGGCUUUAUGGGCACACAAUGAAAGAAAGAAAAUCAACGCAACAUUUUUGGAAUGUGGUCGUCCAUUAGUUACUUGGCAAUCCGAUGUGUAUGGUCACUCGCGGGAAUUUGCCUCUUUAAUGGCACAGAUGGGUUUCGACGGCCAUUUUAUAAGCCCAAUCAGUUAUGAUGAUGAACUAUCCAGAAUGAAAAGCAAAUCUCUUGAGUUCGUUUGGAGAGGCAGCGAUGAUUUAGGUGCCUCAACGGAUAUAUUCACUCACAAGCUGUUUGAUGGCUUUGCUGCUCCUCCGGGCUUCUGUUUCGGAGGGCUGUGCGAUGACCCUCUCAUCAUCACUUCGGACACAACCUUUAGCAAUGUGGAGGAGAGGGUCAAAGAGUUUUUAAGUCAAAUCCAUCAGCGACAGUCUCCAUAUUACACGACGAAAAAUGUGAUGGUCGUGAUGGGCGCGCGGUAUGCUUACCAUGACGCACCGAUCUGGUUCGCCAACAUCGAUAAAUUGAUUGCCAAUGUCAAUUCUAAGCAGGCUUCAAAAUCUGGAAAAGUAUAUUUGUUCUAUUCCACGCCAGCUUGCUACCUAAAGGCUGUACACGAAGCUAUCAUUCCGCGACACGCGACUCGGCGACUGUCGCGCUGCUUCUCGAGUCUGCGCGCCCAACGCGCCCUCUGCCGCGAUUCACGCGCACUUUCUUCUAUCCGUGGCGUCGGCAGCGACGGCGCGCGCGACACUGUUGGCACGCUAGACUCGCCCGCCUGCAGCUGCGCUGGUGUUGGGUUCGAAUCCCGGGCCGACGCAAUUAUUACGCAAAAUUUAACAACAAAACAGGACGAUUUUAUUCCUCAAACAAGCGAUAAGGACACGCAUGCAACUGGCAUGUAUACUUCACGACCAGUCAUCAAGUACCUCGCUAGAGAAGUGCAUUUAUAUAUCCAGAUAGCGAAACAGUUACAAGUAUUGGCUCAACUUGGCAACAACGACAAGAAAUUUGAAGAAAUUAUGUGGAUAUCAGGAGUUCUGCAGGAUCAUUCUGUCAUUACUGGAGGGAUGCGUCGCUACGUGACUGAAUACUACGCUAGGAAAGCGUAUUUAGCUAAAGAAAUAUGUAUGCAGAUGUACCGACCGGCAUUCAAGCUCUUGGUGCAAGCUCGCCGCCCGACCAGAACCAACCCGAGCGUACGGCGCCUAGCGUUCCGCGCGCGCCUCAAAGAGCCAAUAGACCACCACAGACGGGGCCCUAUUAAGGAUGUUCAGCCGGGGUUGCGGGGUGUAGAACAAAACCACUCUAUAAUAUCAAUCCCAGACAUCGUUGCAUCACUACCUGACAGAGGCGAGUUCCGAACUGAAGACGAACUCGUAUUUAUAGCAGAAAAGAUACCACCAUUAGGAUACAAAUCGUACUUCAUAGAUCGUAUACACAUAAGAACUCGAACUAAAAGAUCUGUAUUAAAAAGGAUAUUCCAAAAAGACAGUAAUAAUACCAAAAAAUAUUAUACUAGGCAAACGAAUUUUGAUAAAACGGAUGAUAAAGAUAUGCUAGAUGAUAUACCUGAAUAUGAGUAUUUCGAAGAUGUUACUGAGAAAGGGCAUGAUAAAGUACCCUUAGCUUAUGCUCCUAGGGAGUUUUAUACUGAUGAUUUUGCUACCAAGCCACCGAUGACUAAAAAUGAUAUUGCAAAUAAAAUUAGGAAUGAUUUGAGAAGAACUACCACUUCUCUUCCAUCUACCACAACAUCAACCUUAUCAACAUCGACAACAGAAACUGUAACGAAAUCAACAACUUCGCCAACCACAAGUCAAUCAACGACCUUUCGAACUACGACAGAAGCUCCAACGCAACCCUUGACAAGUACAAUGAAAUUUGAACCUUAUAACCUCUCAAGUACUACACCGGAUAUAAUUGAGUAUUAUGAUGAAGAAACUACCCCUAAUCUUGAAGAGAACACUACUCCAGCGUUUGAUUUCGAAAAUUUUUAUCGACGCAUGGAAAAUUCUGGCUAUUACAGCGUUCUGUCCAGCGAUAAGUUUAUUGAGAAUGAGUAUAUAACAAUAAAUGUAAACCAAGACAACAAACUGCUAAACAUUCUUCUUUCGAACGGCGUGAAUGUAACAUUUGACAUUCAAUUCUGUUACUACGUGUCCGACGAUCCAGAGAAGCUGGGCACAACGAAGAAGAGACCGGGAGCCUUCAUUUUUAGACCAAUGGACUCCCAACCUAUUCUAGUGUCAGAUAUUUACGAUGUUAAAAUCCUAAAAACAGAUAUCGUAGAAGAGAUCCAAAUUCGAUAUGCGGAAUAUGCUGGGAUCUCCCUAAAGUUGUAUAAAGGUCUGCCGACUAUUGAGGCGGAUUGGGUCGUUGGACCGAUUCCGAUAGCUGAUGAGUUGGGUAAAGAAAUAUUUGUUAGAUAUGUGACUGAUUUAAAUAACGAUGGCGUCUUUUAUACUGAUAGCAAUGGACGGCAAACUAUGAAGAGGAUUAGGGAUAAGAGACCUACUUACACACCGACUAUUGCUGAUAGCACUUCUGCUGUGGCACCCUAUAAGUGCCCACUGCUCAGCAAAGGCCUCUUCUCACACGGAGAAGGUUAG